UCCCUGCCUGAACCGAGAUGGUAAACCUGAAGCAAACCGGUAACAGGACCGACAGGGAAUCGACGAGACGCCGGUAAACUACGACUAAAGCGGCAUAAAUAAAACACUCAUAGUCGAUUCGGUCAAGGAUAUUAAGCGUUCAACUUCAGAUCCGAGUGUUUGUACUUCAUUUAUAAGAGAUCCUCACUUUAGACGAGACGUUGCGGAUGGUUCCAAGCGGCUGACAAACUCUGUUCCGCGGUGGCUGUUUUUAAACAUAUUCUUCUGAGUUUUUGGCUUGUCAGCUGAUAGCAACCGUUGACCUCCGACAUAGGGCCGGUGACACAUUCGUGCCUUUUAGUAGACCGACUCGGUAACUAUUACUGGCCGGUGGACCUCCGGCCGGCCAUAGCUGAACCUCCGAGCGGCCCGCUUUGACUCACUCCCGCGGAAGGAGCCGGGUGUAGGUCAGGAUUCGGAUUUGUAAGUUAGAAUACACCGUGGUUUUUAAGAAACACCGAUAUUUGAUCCCUGGAGCCGGCUAGAAUCCGGACAGAGACCUCAUGAAUGGAAAUCGGAACUACAGAAGAAAGUCAUGCAGGUUCGGAAUGGCAUGAGGGAGCCGUUGAGGCUGCGUCCCUGUUCUCCGUCCCUCGGAGGCCUGGCUAUGGCACCAUGGGGAAACCCAUCAAGCUGUUGGCCAACUGCUUCCAGGUGGACAUCCCCAAGAUGGAUGUCUACCUGUAUGAGGUGGACAUCCAGCCGGAAAAAUGCCCUCGGCGGGUUAACAGGGAGGUGGUGGAUUCUAUGGUGCAGCACUUUAAGGUAACAAUCUUCGGGGACAGAAGGCCGGUCUAUGAUGGCAAGAAGAGCCUCUACACCGCCCAACCGUUACCAGUGGCCACAGGAGGGGUGGACCUGGACGUGACCCUGCCGGGUGAAGGUGGAAAGGACAGACCGUUUAAAGUGAGCAUUAGGUUUGUGUCACUGGUCAGCUGGCACAUGCUGCACGAGGUUCUCACAGGGCGGAGCAUGCCGGAACCUGAAGUGCUCGAUAAGCCAAUCAGCACCAAUCCUAUACACGCCGUGGAUGUGGUUCUCCGCCAUCUGCCCUCUAUGAGGUACACCCCAGUGGGACGUUCUUUUUUCUCCUCCCCCGAGGGCUAUGAUCACCCAUUGGGUGGGGGGAGGGAGGUGUGGUUUGGGUUUCACCAAUCGGUGCGACCCGCCAUGUGGAAGAUGAUGUUGAAUAUUGAUGUUUCUGCCACGGCAUUCUACAAAGCCCAGCCGGUGAUUCAGUUCAUGUGUGAAGUUCUGGAUAUCCACAAUAUCGAUGAGCAGCCUCGUCCCCUUACAGACUCCCACAGAGUCAAGUUCACCAAAGAGAUCAAAGGUCUAAAGGUAGAGGUCACCCACUGCGGCACCAUGCGAAGGAAGUACAGGGUGUGUAAUGUUACACGCCGACCAGCCAGUCACCAGACGUUUCCUCUACAGCUAGAGAACGGACAGACCGUGGAGAGAACAGUGGCACAAUAUUUCAGGGAAAAGUACAGCCUGCAGCUCAAGUACCCCCAUAUGCCCUGUCUGCAAGUGGGGCAGGAACAAAAACACACUUACCUGCCUCUAGAGGUGUGCAACGUUGUGGCUGGCCAACGUUGCAUUAAGAAAUUAACAGACAACCAAACCUCCACCAUGAUCAAAGCCACGGCCCGCUCGGCCCCAGACAGACAGGAAGAGAUCAGCAGACUGGUUCGCAGUGCCAACUACAACUCGGACCCCUUCGUGCAGGAGUUCCAGUUUCGCGUACGGGACGAGAUGGAGGAGGUGACGGGUCGAGUCCUGCCCGCCCCUAUGCUGCAGUAUGGCGGCAGGGUGAGCUCUGAACACUUCCUGAAUCGCACAGUAGCCACCCCGAGUCAUGGAGUGUGGGACAUGAGAGGCAAACAGUUUCACACUGGAGUCGAGAUCAAGAUGUGGGCCAUCGCCUGUUUCGCCACUCAGAGACAAUGCCGAGAAGAAGUUCUCAAGGGCUUCACAGACCAGCUCCGCAAGAUCUCAAAGGAUGCUGGGAUGCCCAUACAAGGCCAGCCAUGUUUCUGCAAGUAUGCUCAGGGAGCAGAUAACGUUGAACCCAUGUUCCGUCACCUGAAGAACACCUACGCUGGACUUCAGCUCAUCAUUGUCAUACUGCCUGGAAAAACCCCUGUUUAUGCUGAGGUGAAGCGUGUUGGAGACACACUUUUGGGAAUGGCCACCCAGUGUGUGCAGGUAAAGAACGUAGUGAAGACGUCCCCCCAGACCCUCUCCAACCUCUGCCUCAAAAUCAACGUCAAGCUGGGCGGCAUUAACAACAUACUGGUGCCACACCAGCGCCCUUCUGUUUUCCAGCAACCAGUCAUCUUUCUGGGAGCUGAUGUCACACAUCCACCUGCAGGAGAUGGGAAAAAACCCUCUAUUGCAGCUGUGGUGGGCAGUAUGGACGCUCACCCCAGCAGGUACUGCGCUACAGUCCGUGUGCAGAGGCCCAGGCAGGAAGUCAUCCAGGACCUGGCGUCCAUGGUGCGAGAGCUGCUCAUUCAGUUCUACAAAUCCACCCACUACAAACCUACCAGAAUCAUCUUUUAUAGAGAUGGAGUGUCUGAGGGACAGUUCAGACAGGUCCUGUACUACGAAUUGUUGGCCAUUCGUGAAGCCUGUAUCAGUCUUGAGAAGGAAUAUCAACCCGGCAUCACAUACAUUGUCGUCCAGAAACGCCACCACACGCGGCUCUUCUGCGCCGACCGCACUGAGAGAGUGGGCCGAAGUGGAAACAUUCCAGCUGGCACCACAGUGGAUACCGACAUUACCCAUCCUUAUGAAUUUGACUUUUAUCUUUGCAGUCAUGCUGGAAUACAGGGUACGAGCCGACCUUCACACUACCAUGUGCUGUGGGACGACAACUGCUUUACAGCUGAUGAGUUCCAGCUCUUGACCUACCAGCUGUGCCACACGUACGUGCGCUGCACCCGCUCCGUCUCCAUCCCCGCGCCAGCCUACUAUGCCCAUCUUGUUGCCUUCAGAGCCCGUUACCAUUUAGUGGACAAAGAGCACGACAGUGCUGAAGGAAGUCACGUGUCAGGCCAGAGCAACGGUCGAGACCCCCAGGCCCUGGCCAAAGCCGUACAGAUCCAUCACGACACUUUGAGGACCAUGUACUUCGCUUAGCCCCGCCUUUGUUUUUUUUUAACCAAUCAUCAUGCACUUAGCUGCGGAGGGCAUCUCCCAAUCACAAGCUGCUAAGCUGCUCAAAAGAACCAAAUGUAACCGAUCUUAGAGGAGGAAUACAGCACUGUUAUGCAAUAGACAACGGCCAAUUUUUUCACUGCUGCUUCGCUCGCCGAUUAUUGGUCUGUUUCAUUGUUUUUAAUGUGUCGAUUUAGCAGCUAUACUGUACCAUUAUUUAUUAGAUUCGUAGAUCUGUUUAACGGUUCAUUUUGCCUGCGUAGGUCACAAAACCAAUCAGAGAAUAAUGCAGUGUUAUGUGUUAUGGAAGGUGCGAUUUGAGUCAAGUAGAUUUCUGCUUCAGUGAUCAGAGUCAUUUGGUUAUUACCGGCAGAUGUGUCUGGAGCACAUUAUGAAACUAAUCUUUCUCGGGUAAUGGAGCGCCUGGUUUCAGAUGAGUAUUUUUCUUUUAUCUAGCCAAGAUGCUUGAGGAAUGCCACUAGAGAGCAGUACAAAGUUUGCAAUUGGCUGUUGACACUUUAGAUCUUUGACUGUUGCUUUUAAACAUUUGCUUUGUCGCUAUUCUGAGAUCAGUUUUGCUGUCAUUUCUACCUGUACGGAUGAAAGCUUUUCUCAGCCAAACCUAUUGCAGCAUCUGCAAAAAAGAAGACGACCUCUUCCUGGAAUGUCAUUCCAUUCCAACAAGAUCUGCUCCUUUGCAUCCCAUUUACAUCUCAACAUCUCUGCUUUCAAGGCUCACCCUUCCUUCCAAAUCCUUUUUUUUGUGGAGUUAAGUGUAUUCUGUAUACCUUUGUGAUAUAUUAACUUUCUGGUCUGCAUGGAAAAUUCUUCACUUGCCAUUUUGCCCUACCGCGCUGUUCCUCUAGCCCUACUCCGUAGCUCACUUAUUAAGCGAGGUUGACAGAUUAGCUAAGGGCUGUUACACCGUUGAAGAGGAACUUUGAACUCCAUUGAGUCUCUAAUUGGUGAGAAAUUUCCAUGAAGUCGACGAUAGGUUUAUAUAUGUGCGUUAACUCUCGGGUGCCUCAUUCUGUCCAGGCGCCCCUAUGACGGAAGCAGUCGGAGCGCGCGACCAUAACAAUGAAUAUGUACGCACGUAUUGUUCUACUCGGAGGCCUACAUUCAGAAAUUUUCUAUUAAGCACAGGUUUAUGGUUCUUGAGGUUAUUAAUGGUUUUCGAAGCUACAUUGUCAGUAACGCAUCUGUUAAUGAUGUAUUUAACUUAUUUUCAGUUGUCUUUCCUGUUGUUCCCCUGUGAACUCUGACAAACACUGUCCUGUAAGCCUUGUAGUGCAAUAAGCCAAUUUUUGUAGGCUCUGUUGUAGACUGCAUGCUACAAUGCAAACCGAACCUUAUAAUAGAAGGCUUUCAUUUUAAAAAGGUUAUGUUCGAUGUUGAGAACUUGAAUGCCACGGGUGUCCAAACAAAGCAACUGAUGUGUUAAAGAGGGUUAAAGGGUGGUUUUACAUGUUAGAAUUGCAUUUACUACCCUCAGCACACAUGGUUGUGCCCGCAUGUUGAAAAGGCUCCGAGAUCUGGAGCAGACCAUCCGUGUAAAACGUAAAUUGAGAUAAAGUGCCUGUUUUAUGGAAGAUAUCAUUAAAUAUUUAAAAACGUAGCCCAACCCAAGUGAAUUUAAAGUAAUGUGGCAUGUACGUAAUGUCUGACAGAUAUUUAGCUGUGUAAACCGAUGUCAAGGUUUAUUGAAAUGUUAAACUAAUGUAGGACUGACAGAAAGUCCCAGCUCCCAUUCUUUUGAACAUUUUGUUAAAUUUCCGAGAUUUCUUUUGAUUCUCAAUUCUAUAAUCCCCGCUAUCCUUGAAGUCCCUUGUGAAUUCAACUACAUUCCACACAGACCAAACCAAUGUGCCUCCAAAUUCAGGGGAUGUCCAUUUUAAAAGCAUUUGGAUUGUAGUGGGUGGAGAGUGAUCGCUCUGUGACCUCCGGCACUCUUUAAAGUCGCCCGUACUGUGAAUGGCACUGCGGUCUUUUUGCUCUGUACCCACAAAUACGUGUCGACCGGCGUAGCUGCUAUUUUACAUAACACUUUGACAUCUACUUUUAUAUUUGGAGAGAUAGCAAGCGAGAUCCUGUGAAAAAUGACUGACAUAUUGCUGCACUUCGUCGAUGUUUAAAAAGCUGUACCGUCUUAGAUUGGGCGAAACGCUCAAGGUGCUAAAAGGUUGUGAUGCUGUAAUUCGAAGGAUCUCAGCCACACUAAUAUGUCAACUGUUCGGUAUUUAAACUUCUCAAAUGAAUUGUUCGGGAAAAUAAUUUUUAAACGCACUGGACUGUUUAGAGAUUUCGUACUUUUGGUGUUUUAAGUGUGUUUUGUUAUCUUGACGAUUUUUGGAAAUUCAUUUCGUUGGCCAAUUCAACCAUGUUUUUCAUUAUAGGUACAACCAAAUGGUUUGGAUUUUGAAUCAUUAAAUGUUUUAAUUGGUUAACUGGAAAAAUUCAGCUCUUUUACACACUCUUUGCGCUAGCGUUGAAUGGCUUCGGUGCUCUUUUUUCUUUGUUUUAAUGGCUUUGAGAAAUAUGACUUCCCUUUACCAGCAUUUAAAUUGACUUGAAUAAGAGAAGUGAUCGGGUAAAUUGCAGAUAUGCGUUUGGCUGUAGGUGUAGUGUGAUGAAAUCUAGCCAUCUGAACUUGCCACGGAAUAAGUAAGGCCUUUAGGUGGGGCAUUGCAUGGGGGUGGGGCGUUCUGGUUUGUGGGCGUGGCUUCUCUCAUGAACCGUGACAUGCCUUUAGAGCUGGAUUGCGGAUACCUUAAAAGCGUUUUUAAUUCAGAUGACAGAUAUAUUUGUAUAUUUUUAAAGAACAGAACUGCAUAAUGCACAUCAGUUAUUUUUGCUAACAAAGUCUAUGGAAGUUUAAGCAGAAAAUGAUAAUAGUGAUGUUAAUCGUGACUAAUAUAAAUUGGGACUAUAUGUGAUAUGCAAUAGACUAUUAACGAGUAGAUUUGUCUUUGUUUUUUUUCAAAAGUUGUUUGUGAGUUUUUUCUGUAAAAUUUGAGUUGUCUUAUGAAAGAAAUAAUGUUGUUCAACAAAGGGAGUGAACCUUCAGUUUCUUUAAUACAUUUAAUACUUAAACAUGAAGGUACGGCCUCAAACAUUUCCAUUUCGGUUAAGUGUUGGGUGAUUAGCACACGCACGUAAAAAAAGGCCUGUUGGCUACUAACCCCUUUGUCUUGUUAUUGGUGUCUGUUUCCUUCGAGCUUCGAGUAUUUACCGCUUCUCUUUGUUUCAGUCGCUUUGUUGAGGUGUUUAGUUAGUGGAAUGUGCCUUUUCUGGUGGUGCUGUUAUCAGACAGGAUAUUAAGACGUUUUUAGGGCCCAACAAGCCUAUAUUAAAUUUAGUAUAUAUUUAUAUGAUAUACUGUAUAAUGUGUGUUCAAGAGUGUUAAAACUGUAGGUGUGGGUGUGAUUGUGCCUCUUUAUUCGCCAAGAAGACGUCGGAUUACAGAGCUUGCCAGUAAAAGGGUCUCUGGACCAAACUUUUUUUUUAGAAUUCGGCACUGCUCUCAGAUCAUGCACUGACAGACAGAUUACUGUACAAAGCCUGGAAACAUCCCAAAUACACACUUGUAGUUUUAUUUAUUUUCUAUCUCAAAACCAUUUCCAACAAUCGGUGUCAAAUCACUUUUCUCUGUAUGUGACGAAAUAGCAAUAAAGUAAUUCACAACGUCACUAAUACUUAACCUGAAAUACAGUAGGAGAGAGUUUUGCAUAAAUUGGUCAUCCAACUCUUUGGAUUCAACUGUUACUUUAUUAUCAAGGUUAACUGAAUCAGGAAUUCUCCAAAGUCAACGGUCGGUCCGAUCUUUCCAUUACAAUGCAACACACAUUCAACAUUCUGGUGUUAUGGUUUAGUUCUAGUGUGAUAAAAUAAAAUGAAUUGACAACAGAACUGUCUUGUUUUAAAAAUAUUAGUCAGUUUUAUUUUAUCUCCGCUUUUUCUAAGUCUUUCAUUUGGGUCUUUUUAUUUGGCUGUUCUAUUUAAUUAUCAAUAUUUUUAAGUAUAUGUAUGCAAACUUUAAAUAUGUAUUUUAAACUGUUUGUCUUGGACAAAAAUUAUGCAUAUGAAUAAAUAUUAAAUUGA